AUGGAGAUUCCAGUCACCCGUCUCUACCGAACUUCCGGGGCGCAAGUCCUUCAGUCUCCGCGACCAGGUGGAGAUACUAUAUGGAUUGUGCCUCCUUGUAUCAUGAUACCGCCAGAAAACUCCAUGGAAUGGGCAAUGUCACAGCCAGAUGAUGUUCUCAGUGUUACUGAAGCCUUUUUAGAAGUGAAUCAGACAGAGUACAGUCUUGGACACCGGAGAUAUUGGGGGGAACCGUGGCAGUUUAGCCUUGUUAAAUCGCAGUUGAUCACCAUCCUACAGAAACUUAUCCCUUCCAUGAGCGAUGAGAUUCGCUUAGCCUUUGGCAAGAACUUCGGAACCAGCCAUGACGAAUGGAGGGAGAUCCCACUAGAGGCAACUCUCCGAACUAUUAUCGCGCAAAUAUCCAGCUAG